AUGGCGUCAAAAGUCUUGGGCUUUUGGGGCAGAGAAUAUCGCUAUGAGAGUUAUGCUCAGAUUUGUCAGAAAUUGCAAUUAGACGUACGGACCCUCUUUGUGAGCGGCCUUCCGGUGGACAUCAAGCCACGAGAGCUGUACCUCCUUUUCCGGCCAUUUAAGGGUUAUGAAGGAUCACUGAUCAAACUAACAUCCAAACAGCCAGUAGGCUUUGUUACUUUCGACAGCCGUUCUGGUGCAGAAGCUGCAAAGAAUGCUUUGAAUGGGAUCCGCUUCGACCCAGAGAAUCCCCAGACGCUGCGGUUAGAGUUUGCUAAGGCCAACACCAAGAUGGCAAAAAGCAAGCUGAUGGCCACACCAAACCCCACCAACCUCCACCCAGCCCUAGGCGCACACUUCAUUGCACGAGAUCCUUAUGAUCUGUCUGGAGCUGCCCUGAUCCCAGCAUCUCCAGAAGCAUGGGCUCCCUACCCCCUGUACACCACGGAGCUAACCCCGGCCAUUCCACAUGCAGCUUUCACCUAUCCAGCUGCUGCAGCUGCGGCCGCUGCUCUUCACGCUCAGAUGCGCUGGUACCCUCCUGACGCUAGCCAACAAGGAUGGAAAUCCCGUCAGUUCUGUUAGUUUUAAGCUGCUUUUGGCCCACGUUUUCCCCUCUUGUCUCUCCAUGGACUGAUGCAUGAAGGAUGAAGGAGUCUUUGAGAGCCUCCUCUCUCGGCCUUUUCCGUGGACACCAUCAAAGUGCCCAACUUCACUUGGCCGUCUUAUGAAUGAAGCUAUGGAUUUCCCCCUCCAAAACUGUGAACGUCAUCUCCUCCGUCUCUUCCCUGGUGUCAUGGCUGCCCUUCUCCCAACUCUCCCCUCCCCCCUCAAUCUGCUAAGCCCCACUACCCUCCUGUUGCCGAGUUUCUCCUCCUGCUACCUUGAGUCCUUUCAGGAGAAACUCAACCUUGUUGAUACACCCGCUGGGUGCGGGCGGGCGUGUACGUGUGUGUUCCCAGCUGGGAUGCUGGCACGCAGUGUGGCCUAGCUGUGUACGGUGCAAUAUCCAGACUUUUCUUAUCCCGAAUCUUGUGUAUGCAGUUUUGCUGAAGGAAGCAAAAAAGACAAAUCAGUUUUGCAUGUUCUCUGGCAUGACUUUUAAAACACUUUAACUUGGUGUGGGUGUGUGAGUGUGCAAAGCUCGUUUUUUGGUCUAGCAUUUGUGUAACCAUAGCAGUAGAUCUUGGAUUAACUAUUGAUCACUAAACUUUCUUUCAUUUUGCUUCUGUCAAGACUUGGCUUUUGAAAAAACACUUCGUCUUCUCUCUCUUCCUGUUCUACUCUUCCUCUUCCUCCAGGAUAUCUUUCCAUGUUCAGCUUUGACUAGAAUUUGAAAUAAAAAGGUUUCUUCUCCAAAGUACAAUGCACUGGGUUUCUGCUCCAUUUUGCCCUUCCUCAGUUUGUCAGGGUCGUUGGGGAUUUUUGUUGUUGUUAUUAUUAUUUUUUUCUGUCAAACUUCUACAUGUAGAACAGCUGUACAAUAUUUCACCUUUUUCUUCCACAUCCCUCGGAUUGGAAAGAAUCCAGUCUUGCCAAAUCAGCAAUCCUUAUGGGAAUACCGAACAAAGAUGUACGAGUAUUUUUGUACCAUGUGUAAUAAGGAAAUAUUUAUGCAUCAUGCAAAGAUUUUGUGUGGUUUUUGUGCAAUUAAUUAUUAAAGAGUAAAAGAAAAAAACUGUAAUCUGUAAGAUAAGUUUAAUGUUUAGUUAAAAAGCUUGAAGAGAACGACUUUUUUUUCUGUAACUGAUUCAGUCGGGCAUAGUAACGAGAAAUUGCACAAUUAAUUUUUUUUUUGUUGAUAUUUUAUUGCUUGGUAUUUGGAAGUCCUUUAAGUAUUACAUUGAACCAUGGCUGUCUCGCUUGUAUUAAGAUUGUUGAAUAAGUUGCUAUAUCCUUUGAGAAUGUGAAACUGGAUAAUAUAUGAAUUGUACUCUG